AUGACUGUCGACAAGCGAAUAAUCACCAUUUUUGGCGGAACCGGUCAGCAAGGUAGUAGUGUUGGGCGCUCACUCCUCCUAAACAAGGACAAAAGGUUUUUUGUCCGAGUGAUUACCCGAAAUCCAUCGUCAGAAAAAGCACAGGCAAUUGCAGCCCUUGGAGCCGAGCUCGUCAAAGCCGAUGCCUUCACGGAAGGGGAGAUUGAAGCGGCCUUUCAAGGCAGCUGGGCAGUCUUUAUCAAUAAUGACUCGGGUAACCCGGUCCUGAACACCGAAACGUUCCCUACUAAUUAUGACAUUGAGGCGACCAUCAUUGACGCAGCACACAGAGCGGGCGUCCAGCAUGUUGUGUAUAGCUCUGGACAGUCUAUCUGUGCAGCUACAAAGGGUAGGGUUCAUCAGGAGGGAUUUGAAACCAAAUACCAUGUCGAACAAUAUGCCAGGACAAAGCCAUUCACGACUUUCACGGCCGUUCUGCCUGCGGCCUUCUGGGAGAAUUUCAGGGAUGAGAAUUUCUGUUACGGGCUGGGUGGCUUUCCAUUUUACCGGACAUGGGAUGGAAAGCUUCAGCUCCGAGCCCCAUUGUAUGGCGGGAAAGAGGACAUGCCUUGGCUCAGUGUUAAGGAUGACUUUGGGGACAUUGUGCAUGGGAUCUUCCUCAACCCCCAGAAGUACAAUGGCAUGACUAUUCAAGCAUUCAGUCAACAGCUGUCCUUCGCCGAAAUGGCACAAAGCUUUACUGACGCAUGCGUCGAUACAGCAGCCAUGAGUACGGUACCAGAUGAUCAGCAAAAUCAGCAGGGAAACUCAGGCGAGACCGAUUCUGAUGGUAGCACACAGAUAGGUGGCCAGAACAGUUUCAGACCGAUUGUGCCCGGGCCUUCAUACCCCGGUCCUGGGAGGACACCGGCUGAUUUGAGACGGACUAUGGGACCGGGAUGGAAUAAGAGAGUGUCCACAGCGUGUCUAGCGUGUAAAAAGUCGAAGCGAAAGUGCUCCGGGACACCUCCAUGUGAUAAUUGUCGAGCUCUUCACAGAGAAUGUAUAUUCGACGAGUCACUCGAUCAACGACGGCGCGUGGCUGCCAAACGAACGGCCGAGGAACUGGAAUAUCAUCGCGAUAUGCUCAAUGACUUGUUCAAAGUAAUUCGAAUCGCAGACGAGAAACAAGCGCAAAGGUUGAUGGAAAUGAUACGGAGCGAUGCAACCCCGGAAGAAAUCCGCUUGUUUAUAGACGAAGUCCUUGUCCAGCUACAAACAUUUGAGCCACCAAGUAAAGCAAAACGAGAAACGGCAGCACAACUGAAGGAAAUCAGGAGUCGAGCUAAUAUGCAAGGAUCAGCGCCUUCGUUCAGACGCCAAGUUAUGGAUGUCAAUUUCUUGUGUGUCAUUCCACCUAUUCAGGUACCGGCUAGCCCUUGGACGACUGCGACAGACGACGACGCCUUUGUAUCGCAUUUGGUUUCGCUAUAUUUUACGUGGGAUUAUCCGUUCUAUUCGUUUUUGGAUUUGAAUGUGUUGAUCAAUCAUAUGAAGUCGCGCGAUCUUCAUUCCGAGUUUUGUUCGCCAUUCUUGGUAAAUGCUCUGUUAGCGCAUGCUUGUAGCUACUCCGAAUAUUCGGAAGCAUACGGCAUCCCUGGAGAUAUAACCAGUAAAGGAGCCAAAUUUUUGAAAGAAGCUGAGAAAUGUUUGGAGAAGCGAGGAGACGAUGUGAGCCUUUCCAUGUUACAGGGGACCAUGAUUUUGUACGAAAGGUAUUCGAUGACUGGGCAGGAUGACCUGGGUUAUGCUAUGCUCUACAAAGGCAUCGAUAUUGCCGACAAGUUAGGGUAUACAGGCGGCGAAGGACAGACUAUUGAUUUAAGCGAGAAGUCCAAGGAUCUCUACAACUCGGCGGUAAAAACAGUUUGGGGAUUAUUUCAACUUGACACGGUCGCUCAUGCCGCAUUCCUCAAACCUUGUCGCAUCAAGAACGUUCGUCUCUGCAGGACACCUGCACUUAGCCUAGAGCGGGAUGCAGAUUUCUGGACCGCUUACCCAUCUCAAAAACCACCGCGAAAAGCUUUUUUUGUCACCUACUUUGAUAAAGCGUGUACAUUGAGCGAGAUAUCGCGGGACAUUUCGACAACACUUUUUGCAGAUGAAAUUGACGAUGAUAAGGAGCGACUCUCGGCUGCUGUGGACUCGUUGUAUACGAGAAUGAAAAAGUGGCAUGAAAGUCUGCCGGCUGAGUUUCACAUGUCGAAAAAACCGGCUCCCCAUAUCCUGCUCCUGCACAUGUUCAAUUGUCCUCGAGGUCACAACUAUCACCAUAAAGCAACAGAGAUAGGCACACCAGCCAAAGCACCAGGAUCUCAGAUGCCCGAAGGUGGCGAAGACCCAGCAUCCAUAGCGAUUACAUCUGCUCGCGCAAUCGCCAGACUUAUCCGAGUUCAUCAAGAGGAGUACGGAAUAAGUAGAUCACACGUCUUUGCACUAUUCGCGGUGAACCUCGCACUAUUCCUGUUGCUAGAUCUUGAUGUUUAUGAUAUCUCCGAUCCGGAUUGUCUUUCAUUGACAUCUGCGUUUGCGAUUAUCACGACAAGGUCGAUGCUGGGACGGGAGGUGCGGUAUAUCUUCUAUCGCUCGGUGAGCAAGUCGAAAAAAAACGGUGUGUCGAAAUGGGACCAAUUACCAGAAGGUCUAAGAGAGAUACUCGGAGAGGAUGCAGAUGACUCUUCUGAUUCCGAGGGCAACCAUAACGAUGAGCAUAAGCAUGAUGAUAUCGGCGACGGCUACAACCAUUAUGGUAAUACAUCGACCAGGACAACGCCAAUGACAGCGACAGAAGAAGACGAGGAACAAGCUCAGAAACCGAAGAAAGGAUGGGGUCCUCAAGAAGGGUCAAAGGGGUUAUGUGAGAUGUUGUGUCGAUAUGAAACUAUGACAUUGGGACGGAAGGAUCACGUUACGGGGAAGAAGUAG